CAUGUUAAUUGACAGUCUACCUGGCACACGUUAAUCGGUUUCUCUUUCAAGGGCGGAGGAAACAAAUCACAAACUCUGUUUUUUUUUUUUUUUUUGCUCACCAAGGAGGAGCUUGAAGACACGCCGACAUGCGCCAAAGUGGAGGCUGAGACGCUGCAUUAUCGCUGGACGGAGUUUAACUCCUAUGAACGCAACCAGUCGGUCGGCGAUGCUCACCCGACGCCACGCAGGAGAUUAAACACCGAUCAUCAGGUCCGCUGAUAGCGCAGAGCAGCAGGAGAAACCGCGCCGGUGCCCCGAAAGCCACGCAGCUCCAGGGAUUAGACACAAAAUGUCACAGAGCAGAGGUCAGAAGAAGUUUGUUUUCCUCUCGUUAAUAUUGGUGUCUCGUCUGUUUGUCAGCGCCGAGUACUCCAGCUGCGGAGAGUACGAGUUCUUCAACCAGACCAGCAACAGCUGCCAGGCCUGUCCUCAGUGCCAGCCAGGGCAAGAACCGCAUAUGAACUGUGGUUACGGUAUGAAGGAUGAGGACUUUGCCUGCAUACCAUGCGCGCAAGGGAAAUACUCCAAAGGAAAGUACGAGAUCUGCAGGCGCCACAAGGACUGCGACGCUCUCUACAAAGCCACUGUCCGUGUAGCAGGAACUGCUGAAAGUGACGCUGAGUGUGGACCAUGUUUACCGGGGUAUUAUAUGUUGGACAACAAACCCAGGAACGCUUACGGGAUGGUCUGCCAUUCCUGCCAAAAUGCCCCGAGCAACACAAAAAAAUGUAUGCAAAUCAGCAAACCCAAAGAAAAACCACCAAUUAACCCUGGGAGCACUACAGUCUUCCCUCACCGAAUUAAAGAAUCACCUGGACAGGGUCAUUUAGCCACAGCGCUUAUUAUCGCCAUGUCAACCAUUUUCAUCAUGGCUAUCGCCAUCGUUCUCAUCAUCAUGUUUUAUAUCCUGAAGGCCAAGCCGGGUGGCCAUGCAUGUUGCUCUGGCCAGGUUGUGAAAGCUGUGGAGGCUCAAACCAUCAAACAGGAUGACAAGAAAGAUGUCCCUGAUAAUGUGGUGAUUUUCUCUGAGAAAGAUGAAUAUGACAAAUUGAAAGCAGCUCCUCAGAAGACGGUGAAAAGUGAAAAUGAUGCAUCAUCUGAGAAUGAGCAGUUGUUGAGCCGCAGCAUCGACAGCGACGAGGAGCCGCCGUCUGACAAGCAGGGAUCUGUCGAGAGCGCGUCUCCCAACCCCAACUUGUGCCUCGUGGACCUGGGCAACAAGCCCGACCUCUCUCUGCUCUCUUUGGGACUCCUGGACCGCGGCCGCACAUCCAAUGGUGCCCCUAUAGUUGCAGCCAGCCACACCAUUAACAUCCAGAGUCCCAACCACAUCAACAGUGUCAACCACAUUGCCUCCAGCAACCACAUCAGCAGCAUGAACGGGAUCAACAACAAUAAAACCCCAGGGAUGCUACAGAGUCGAAGGAAAAAGAUACUAGAACUGUAUGCUAGAACCUGCAAUGUUACCGAGGGCCUAAGCCCUACAGAGCUUCCCUUCGACUGCCUGGAGAAGGCCAGCCGCAUGCUGAGUUCCUCCUACAGCAGCGAGGCGGCUGUGGUGAAGACAUGGAGGCACCUGGCAGAGAGUUUCGGCCUGAAGCGUGAUGAGAUCGGCGGCAUGAGCGACGGCCUACAGCUCUUUGAAAGAGUGAGCACGGCCGGCUACAGCAUCCCCGACCUCCUCACACGGCUGGUGCAGAUCGAGAGGCUGGACGCUGUAGAGUCACUGUGCGUGGAUGUGCUGGGAACCAGCGAGGUGGUGGCAGUGGCUGGACGACAGAGUAUCAACAGCUUCCACAGCCAGUUGGUGUGCCCGUCCCAGUGCACCUCUCCCUCCCAGCGCUGUGCCAGUGUCUGAAUAUUCAGGAGGUCUUUAAGUACACAUUUAUGCAGGGACAGCGUUUGCCCUGACAAGUAGGACAUUACAUACAUGUGUACAAAAUUACCCCAUCACAUGAAGAAUGCCAGUGGGCGUCUUGUCCACAUUUCUUUAUAUUUUAAGAAGCUAAACUCCAAAUACCAAAAAAAAAAAAAAAAAAAAAAA